CGUGUGCAACACGGUCGGCAUUGCUAUGGAAUCCACACUGGACGAUUUCAGAUGUAUGGGAGAUUUUGAUAAACAGUGACGUAUUGCUUCGAAAGUGGCUGGCAAAAUUAAGUGAGAAUCGCGAUUCCAGUUGGUUUUUCCGCCCCAAAAUCAUCGUCAGACAUUGCAGGGGAGUGUCCUGUUCGAGUUGGAGCACGUGAUGUGGUGAAGUGGUGUGGAAAAAGUGCCUUUUUCGCCCUGGAUUUCCCUCCCGUGAUCAAAGUGAGAGAGAGUGAGUCCAGAGCUAAGUGAACUGCGCAUCUUACAUGUAAAAUGUACAUAUAUGUUGGUGGAAAUUUCACUCGCUGUUUUUGUCCAUAACGCGACAACAUUUUGCUGGCGUCGCCUGAAAAAGCGCUCCAGGGACACUGAAGACCAGUCGAGUGAGAUUUUCAGUGUGAGAAAAGGUGAUACUGGCAUUUUUCACAUAUGAAUCAGCAGAUAAUCACUUGUUGAAUGCCCGUGUCCGUCCAAUGGUGGUAAAAUGACGUCGUAUUGACUGCACCAACACAACCGCGCGCUUUCCAUCAUCUCGUUGAUCUUGCACUUCCCUUGUGAGCACGGGACAGACUGAAAUCCCGCCCAGAGAUUUGUGUGCAAUCCAGAGACAGACAAUCGUUGGACAGAGGGUGAAGUUUUCUUCAGUGUGGUGUUGUGGAAAAGGGGCGCCAAAAUCUCCUCUUUCCCUCCCCGAAUUUCCGCGCGAGUGUGCUGCGAUAGAGGAAAAUUUUGGCGAACACACGCGCAUUCAAGGUGUGUUUGUGGCCAAAUAACGCAAAACAAUACCUCCACCAACACAUUCCAGCCGUGGUGAAAUCCAAAGAGGCCAAAAAAUGGUGAUCGGACUGCAAGCGCUAGAAUUCACGGACUGUUUGCUGGAUAGCCCUGAAUUUCGCGAGAAUCUCAGCAGGCACGAGAAGGAGCUGGACAAGACCAGCCAGCAGAUCAAGCGGAUCAUCAAGGAGAUCAAGGAUCUCCUCACAGCGGCACGCAACUUAUCGCGGGCUCAGCGCGCCCUCAGCAAGAGUCUCGGCGAGUUCAACUUCGAAUUCAUCGGCUCAAAUCAGACGGAAGAUGAGCAGACGAUCGUGGAGAGUCUGGAUCACUUCAGUCGCCUCAUUGCGACCAUUGAGGAGGAGCGCGGAAGAAUGCUGGAGCAGACGCAGGACAAUAUCGUGAGUGCACUGGAGCACUUCCGGAAGGAGCACAUUGGCGGCGUGAAGGAGAACAAGAAGCUCUUCGGCAAGAAGACGGCGAAAUUUUGUCAAGCGCAAGAGAGAUUUCUCAGUAUGUCAACAAAAAAGUCCGACAACAUCAUUCAAGAGGCGGACGCGAGUCUUGGAAUGCUCGAGAGAGAAUAUCUGCAGGAGAGCCUCAGCUAUGUUCUACGCAUUCAGGAAGUGCAGGAGCGCAUCAAGUUCGAAUUUGUGGAGACAAUUCUAAGAUUUAUGUCCGGCUGGCUGGUCUUCUAUCACUUUGGACAUGAGAUAUCUGAGGAAUACAAGACUUACAUCAGCGAUCUUCAAUUGAAAGUACAAAAGACGAGGGAGAACUUUCUCGAGACUCGCAAUAAAGCGGAAGAAUUGAAAGCCAAAUACACGGACAGUAAAAUGAAACCCGAAUCGGAAUAUACCAAGCAAGGAUAUCUAUUUCUGCUGGAGAAGAAAGCGUUCACGGCGACGUGGUCCAAAUUCUACUGCACGUACAAGAAGGACAAGAAGCAGUUCUCAAUGGUGGUGUACAACCAGAUUUCCGGGCGAACGGAGGCUCAGACGGAGUAUUACAGCCUCUCGUCGUGCACGCGGCGGGCGUCUGACUUCGAGAAGCGCUUCUGCUUUGAUCUCACGUUUGAGCAGAAGCCGGGAAUUGUCUACACAUUCCAGGGAUUGAGUGAAGAGGACAGGAAAUCGUGGCUGAAUGCAAUGGAUGGCAAGGAACCGACUUACUUGACGCCGGGAAAGUCGCAGCAAAGCGAUGAAUACCACCUGGACAGCGUGGGCUUUGCCUUUGUUCGCAAGUGCAUCGAAGUGCUGGAGACCAGAGGCCUCGAGGAGGAGGGACUGUAUCGCAUUGGUGGCAUCGGGACUAAGAUCAGCAAGAUUCUGGUGCUGGGCAUGGACAGGAAGAAGGGCGAGAAGGAGCGCUUUCAGUUCGUCACCGAUGAUCAGCACAGUGACUUGAUGGAGAGCAAAACCAUCGCCAGUGCGCUGAAGCAUUAUCUGAGGAAUCUGAAUGAGCCUCUGAUGACUUUCAGGCAUCACAGUGGAUUCAUUGCGGCUGCUAAACUGGAUACUCGCAUUCAGCGACUGAGUGAGGUUCACACUUUGGUCUACAGAUUGCCUAAGCCUAAUUUCGAGAUGCUAGAAAUCGUAAUUCGUCACCUGAAAGCAGUUUCGAUGAAAUGCCACAAGAAUAAAAUGUCAGUAUUCAACUUGGGGGUGGUUUUUGGGCCGACACUGUUGAGGGCAGUGGAAGAGACCGUGGCCUCCAUUCUGGACAUCAAGUUCAACAAUGUCGUGAUAGAGAUUCUAAUUGAGAACUACGAUUUGAUCUUUAAGAGCGCCCCAGGGCGUGCCACAGACUACCUGAUACACUCUGGGCCGCCCGAGAGCAUUCCGCGGAGUCAGUAUCACGGCAAGAGUGUGUAUUCGCAGCAGCCGCUCGUGCGCGUGGUGGCCAAGUCCAAUUACACCGAUCCAGUGAUGUCGUCCAGCCUGCAGAAUAUCCCCAAUGGGAUGAUGUUGUACCAGAACAACAGUCCCAUGAGCAUUCCGGGCUCGUCGUAUCACCAGAAGUACGAACUGAAGUCGUCGGGAAGCCAAUCGACACACUCACUGCCGCACAGCGAAGUCAAGUUGUCGCCGCGCGAAAUGGCCAUUAAGCGUGACUACGCGGUGAGGAAUUCCGGGCGCAGCCAGGACAUCCAGCCCAACCAUCACAACUACAGCAAUUUGCUGAAAGUGAGGGAUCUCAGUCGCGAAGCCAAGCGAGCGCAGCACAGCAAUGGCGAUGAGAUGUACGAGACGACGAAGCGCCUCAACGCAAUGACAUAUAGCGAAUCAAAUCUGAUCCAGCCGCGAGAGAUUACCAUUGUCGAUCGCAUGAACUCCACCAGCAGCUCCAAUGAGUCCGUCUGCUCCACGUCCAGCCGUGAUCUGAUGCACUACACGUGCAAGGGCGUCCCGAAGCCCAGCGUAGCGCCGGCCGAUUGGGCGUAUUCACAUCACGCCGCGCAGAACAACACUAAUCAUACUGUACCAAAGAAGAGCUACGCGAGGAACAGAUACGGCAGUGAGCAGAAGGACAUUCUCACCAAUGAGCAAGUGCGCGUCCGAACUUUGUAUGCAUGCAUGGCGGAAAAUGAUGGCGAGCUGUCUUUUGAACCAAAUCAAAUCAUUACCAAUGUGAAACCGUCAAGCGAGGCUGGCUGGUGGGAAGGAACGCUGAACGGCAAGUCUGGCCUUAUUCCGCAGAACUACGUGGAGAUCAUUCCGUGAGAUUGAGCCAAACUCCGGCGCGUCUUCUUGAGCGACUCGAGGCGCGAGGAGUGAUGUCAACUCUGCCCAAAUAUAUCCUUCACACUCUGCAUUUCUGCGGGCCAACAAUGCAUUAUCUACAACACAGAUAUCAAUGUCGUAAUCUCUGACAAAAAGGGGAUGAUUUAUGAUUAUUUAACAUAUCACAGGACAUUCUUAGGCCCAAAUCUAUACUGUUGCGUCUACUUUUUUUCUAAUUCAAUCUAUUUCUUUGUAAUCUGCAUUUUAUCCUUGAUUUUUAUCCUCUUCUACUUUACAUUUUCCUACGUACUAAUAUUAUUGUAAUAUUGUUUUGUUUUGUUUUUUGAACACUCUUUUGCCAUACGAGGAAAAAAAAAACACCAGCCAUUAAAAAUGCAUUAACAGAUUUUGAUUAGAAUGCUAAUCUUUAAUUUAGAUAAAAAAAAAUUAAAGAUGAAAAAUAAAAAAAACUAUUAAUAAAACUGUGAUAAUUGUCAUGAAAUACAUUGACUAAAUUUUUCUGCGUUACAUAUUUUGUAAUGUUUUAUAAAAUGAAGAUGAGGAAAAAUUCCAAAUUUAAUUUGUAUUAUUUUAUCAACAUUAUCAAGUUAAGAUGCACACAUUAGAUAUUUCACUGCGUGUAACAUUAUUUGUAAUUUGUGGGGGGCGAAUAGAAAAGGGACCAUUGCAUGGAGAAUGAACCCGAAUAUGUCUCUUUAUUUCUUUUGAUGAGGAGAAGAGGGGAAGAAGAAGAAACAACACUAACUAUUUAGGAUGAAUUACUACCGUGAAUAAUAAUUUUAUUAUGUGUAUUUCCACUUUACAAGUUUGUACAAUAUAUUUGUAUUUUGUAAAAUGAAGCAUUGUAAAUUUGAGAGAAUAUCCAUUUUGUUGAAGUGUAGGUUUAGUAAGAUAUCAAUGGGAAUAUACAAAGACGGAAGAAACUAUUAUAUUGAUGAAGCAGAUAAAAUGCUAUGAAGUAAGUCAAGAUGAUGAGCAAAUACAUAGGAAGAAAAAGUGUCUUUAUUGUUGAUGAGGAUGCAAGUCGCGCCCCUUUGAUUUGAGGGGGAGGCUGAAAAAAAAACUGUAUGUAUUUGUAUACUAAAUGACAUUAAAUAAAAUGCUAACGCAUCACACUGAA